ACCCUCUGGAGAAUUUUCCCAAUAAGAGCAGAGCCCGGAUAGAAAGAACGGCCCCCUGGUCCCUGGCAGCUUUAGGAAGAGGCUAGCCUUGGUGGUAGAAUGGGAUGGGACCGGCAGAGUGGGGAGGGGGGUCCUGCUCCCGCCCCCCCGGUUUGCCAUUAAAGGGUUAAGUAGUCGAACGAAGGAGGAGCCAGAGGGAGGGGAAGAGGGGGGUGCGGGGUAGGGAAGCUCUUCCCUGCUGUCCUCACUCUCCCAGGGCCAGCGGCCGGGGCGGACAGAGCCCAGGACCCGACUGCCCUGCUUGGGGUGGGGGUGGGGACCCGAGCACCGGGCCGCCGCCGCCGCCGACCGUCCCAUCUCCUCCAGGACUGUCCCGUGCCCGGUACGUCGGGGCUGAUGGCUCCCCCUGAGCCCAGGAGCCCCGGGGGCGCAGGGUAGAGCCCAGCGGACAGUCCAGACCCCCCAGGCCAGAGGUUCCGAGUCCGGUCCUUUCCCUCACCCCCUAGCCGUAAACUCCUAAGGGGACGAGGGAGCGCGUGGGAGCCCCCCCUCCCAUUGCUCCCCACCCUGCCCCGCCCCAUCCCCCUCCCCCAGCUCCGAGACAAGAUGCUCGCCUGGCUCCCGCGCCUGCUGCAAGGUCCUGCCUCAGCCUGCCUGCUGCUCCUACUGCUGGCUCUGCCUCUCGUGGCCCCUACCUGUCCCAUGCUGUGUACCUGCUACCUCUCCCCACCCACCGUCAGUUGCCAGGCCAACAACUUCUCGGCUGUGCCCUUGGUACUGCCUCCCCACACCCAGCGCCUCUUCCUUCAGAACAACCUCAUCCGCUCACUGAGGCCCGGAACCUUUGGCAGCAGCCUGCUCACCCUGUGGCUCUUCUCCAACAACCUCUCCACCAUCUACCCGGGCACCUUCCGACACCUGCAGGCCCUAGAGGAGCUGGACCUCGGGGACAACCGGCACUUGCGUUCUCUAGACCCCGACACCUUCCAGGGCCUCGAGAGGCUCCAGUCCCUCCACCUGUACCGCUGCCAGCUCAGCAGCCUGCCUAGCAACAUCUUCCGGGGCCUCGUCAGUCUCCAGUACCUCUACCUCCAGGAAAACCAGCUGCUCCACCUCCAGGAUGAUCUGUUUGCUGACUUGGCCAACCUGAGUCACCUCUUCCUGCAUGGGAAUCGCCUUCGGGUGCUCACCGAACACGUCUUUAGGGGCCUGGCGGGGCUGGACCGGCUGUUGCUGCAUGGGAACCGCCUGCAGAGUGUUCAUCCGGCGGCCUUCCGGGGCCUGGCCCGCCUCACCAUCCUCUACCUAUUCAACAACAGCUUGGCCUCGCUGCCAGGAGAGGCCCUGGCCGACCUGCCUGCCCUGGAGUUCCUGAGGCUGAAUGAUAACCCCUGGGUGUGUGACUGCCGUGCCCGGCCUCUCUGGGCCUGGUUUCAGAGGGCCCGGGUCUCCAGCUCAGAUGUCACCUGCGCCACCCCCCCUGAGCGCCAGGGCCGAGACCUUCGGGCCCUCCGGGAGUCUGACUUUGAGGCCUGCCCCCCUCCCGCUCCCACUCGACCAGGAGGCCGUGCCCGGGGCAACAGUUCCUCCAACCACCUGUAUGGGCUGGGAGAGGCUGGGGGGGUCCCCCCUGUGGAUCCCUCUACCUUAUACCGGGACUUGCCAGCCGGAGACCACAAGGGCCCCCAGGGUGGUGACACACCCACGGAAGAAGACUUUUGGAGUCACUAUGGGGAUGAGGAUGGGAGGAAGGGAGAGGUGUGCUCUGGCCCAGCCUGCCCCACCUCUCUGGACUCUGGAGGCCCUUCCCAGCACCAUGGCCUGCCCACCCCUCUGCUCUGCCUCUUGUUGCUGGUCCCCUAUGGCCCCUGAUGGGCAGGCUGGUACUUGAAGGGGAAGCGAGUGGAAGGGGGGCAGCCAAGGAUGGAGGCUAAGGGGUAACAGGGCUCUAGGUGGCCUCCUGCCUCCACCUGCUCUGAGAUGACUGCCCUCCUUUCUGCUGCUCCCUUUGCACUGACUCAUUCCCCAUCCCCACUCUUCCAUGGGACGUAUCGCUCUCCCAGUCCCUCCUCUUGUCCUGGGAAUGCUUACUAUGGGCAUUCCUCCUCCAUCCUCUCUCCUAACCCCAGCCAUUAGCGCCUCCCUCCUCUUCCCAGGGCCAGGAUUAGGCUGCUCACAGAUCCACCUUCGGGCCCUUUGGGAUCCAGAAUAUUACUUGAGGGAGGGAGUAUUUGCUUUCCAGAGCUGUGUCUGCCAGCUGAACCUCCCCAGUGGAUCGGAGCUCCUAGUGUGACAACAUGCUGGACGAAGACUUGCCCCACAUCCCCAUCAGAGACUGCCAUGGGGUAGUACCCCAAAGAAAGCCAUUCAGAUGCCCCCCCCGCCAAUGCUCCAGCUUAUCCCGGCCCUCCACAAACCCCUGAGAAGGAAGGGAAGUUUUCCUCAUCCAUCUCUUCUGGACAUUUUUGGGGGGCAAAAGGGGCUCUCGGAGACCUUUCUUCUCCACCAUGCCCCCAGGCGGCAAAGAAAAAAAUUGUUUGACAACAAAUUUAUUAAAAAAUUCUAUUAUUUUA